ACGGACGCUAUUGGUGCGAGGAGCACCAGCUGACCGGCAGGGAAGGGACGGGCACCGAACAACGCGGCAGCGCUCUGGACACGAACAUCGUGAGUACGACGACCCUCGACUUGUGUGCAUCAUCCCCGUGCCUGUGCGGCGAGUGAAGAUGGGUGUCGAGCGGACGGAGUUGUUCGGUGCGGACGGCGACGCCUACAAGUGCGGGCUGAGCGAGGAGCUGCGGCGCGCGGCCAGGACCGAGCUGCGGGAGGACGACGGCUCCAGGGCGCACGCCCUGCAGCAGAUGAGGGACUGGAUCGCCAAGCACCCCCACAUCAGGAAGUGCCGCACCGACUCGCUGUUCCUGCUGCGGUUCCUGCGCACCAAGAAGUUCUCCGUGCCGAUGGCCCAGGAGAUGCUGGAGCGCUACCUCGCCAUCAGGCAGCUGUACCCGCAGUGGUUCCGCGGGCUGGACGUCAUGGACCCCAAGAUCAGCGACAUCCUGGACGCCGGGUACCUCAUCCCACUCCCCGAGAGAGAUGACUUCGGCCGGAAGGUUCUUUUCUCCUGCGCGGGUCGCUUCGACCCGUACAAGUUCUCCUCGGCGGACAUGGCGCGCACGCACGGGCUGGUGGUGGAGGCCAUCAUGGACGACGAGCAGAACCAGGUGUGCGGCUACUCGUACGUCAACGACGAGGCGGGCAUGACGGCGGGCCACGUGUCGCUGUGGUCGCUGGCCGACAUCCGCAAGAUGAUCCGCUGCCUGCAGGACUCGACGCCCAUGCGCCACAAGGCCACGCACUUCCUCAACGUGCCCAGCAUGGCCAACCGCCUGUUCGAGUUCUUCACCAUGCUGCUCAACGACAAGCUGCGCAACAGGAUUAUGCUCCACACAAGCGUGGCGGACCUGCACGAGCACAUCAACCCCAAGAUCCUGCCCAAGGAGUACGGUGGCACCAUCCCGAUGGCCGACAUGAUCGCCGACUUCAAGAAGGAGCUGCUGGCGAAGCGCGAGAUGAUCAAGGCUCUGGACGACAUGGAGAUCGAGCUGCACGCCAAGGCCCGGUACGUCAGCGACAUGCAGGAGGACCUCGCCGGGCUGUCGGGCUCGUUCCGCAAGCUGGAGGUGGACUGACCGCCGCGCCGCGCCCGCCGCCCCGACCAGGUCGGCGACGACAACGCCACCGAGUGCGAGUCCGAGCCCACGUCGCCACGUCGCCCGUCCAACCGGCAGGGGCCUCUCGUCGUGACGAGGCGAUACCCCAGGGCGCGCGUCGAGGGGUAUCGCCGAGUCUCGCCCGGCCCGUGCUGACAGUGUGGGCGUGACUGUGACCACACUGGGGAAUUCCCUCUCUGCUGCCGAACUCACGCGGCGCCGCGGACUCUCGCCCCUCCAGCCCGCGGACGCGGUACGUCCCCCGUCGGCAACGUCUGCAACGUCGGCAACCACGAUAGGACUGAUUCCUCGCACCGCAUAGCUUCUCUGUCUCCCUCUAAUAACACGCUUAGGCAGGUACUAACCCUUAGGCACUAGAACUAGGUAGACAUGGGAUAGCGGGGGCCGGCGGCGCGCAGCCCCGCACCAGUGGGCUGCCCGUCGGCCGCGCCUCGCGCACAAGUACGUAGCUGUAGUUUAGCGUAGUCGUUUGAGGUCCCCUUGAUGGUGGUGCAAAGUUACCCAACUAUUCUCGGCCGCGGUGUCCGCGCGAGGACGCCGCGGCGAGCCGGCCCAGCCCGGCGA